GUACUUAUGUGGCCACAUUUUUUUUUUUUUUACACAUCUCAUCCCUAUGGAGUUCCAUGUUGUAAGGUGUGGAUCCAAUUUUAUCCUGUACUGAGGAGCUAUGAAAUCCCACCAUUUUUUAAUACUAAAUUCUUUAAUGCACUCAAUAAUGUGUUUAAAAGGUUGGGAUAUAAUUUCUGAUGUUUCCUUGUUCUAUUUUGUGUAUAAAUGCCUCUUAAUAUUGUUUUCCAGGAAGUCAAUGAAAAUUCUCUUAAGAGAUUAAGUGCCUACUUAGAAAACCUCCAGAAACCAGGCUUCAAGUCUUUGAAACCAACCCAGCUUAUGUUUUAUGUAAGAGAAACAGACCAGAACUCUUCUGAUGGCCAGGAACACUUCAGCACUUCCGGAUUUCGAGCAGUCAAAUUUACUUUGCACACCAGAGAUCUGCUAAGCACAGUGUUAUAUAUUCUCAACUCCUGCAGUUUAUCUAUUGAACAUAUCCAAAGCUUGAAUACUAAUGUGCACUCCCAGCCUCUCAAAGAGGCCACAAGGAUAUCUGACAGGCCCAUCAAAUGGGACAAGUCUUACUACUCCUUUACUGGAUUCAAGGACCCUGAUGAAGACCUCGAGCAAGUCUGGAGAAUGGAAACAACCCUAACCUUUUUGAAAGAUUACCGAGUUAUUUUGACCUGCAGAGGAGGCUGAUGCUUCUGGAGGACCAAAUAAGCUAUCUUCUAGGUGGCAUCCAAGUUGUUUAUAUCGAAGAAUUACAGCCAGUGUUGACACUUGAAGAAUAUUACUCUCUUCUCGACGUGUUCUAUAAUACUCUUGAAAAGUCGAAUACCUUUUCACCCUCGAAGUUUGCGUGGUUUGCAAAUGAUCCUUAACAGGCAAGUAUCUAAAACAAUUACUUUUAUUCAUUCAAUCAGAUGGGCUGUGUGUGUCCAUGCAUGAAAUUGUUUUGUAUUUCCAUGUGUGAUUCUUAGGAAUUAAAGAAAGGAAUGUCACCACCUCUGUUGGCAACACUCUUUUACACAUGAGAAAAGCCAAUAUGAGAGGAUUGAAAGAUUGAGUCCCUAGAACGUUCUGUAAAU